AUGGAAAAAAGAGCAACCAUCACUCUGCCUGCUGGUCCUAUCAAGGCGCGGGUGCUCGACGAUCUCGUUCAUGCUCGGGGAGUUCCUUACGCGAAGGCUUCGAGAUUUGAGCCCCCACAAGAUACCGACAGUUGGACCAAAGUUCUGGACUGUACCGGGCGUGCGACAAUAUGUCCCCAACUUCCAUCACGACUAGAGUCCGUGAUGGGACCAUUGACCAAAGGGCACGCCCUGAACGAGGAUUGCCUACAUCUAUCCAUCACCGCACCUAGAGAUGCCAAAGAUGCCCCCGUGAUGAUCUGGCUACAUGGUGGAGCCUAUAUUUCCGGUGGUGGAGAUCUUGAUUGCUAUCAGCCGAUUGAACUCGCUAGGAGAGGCAUUGUCUGUGUUAACGUCACGUAUCGGCUCGGCGUUUUCGGGUAUCUCCGAUUAGAAGGUAUUGCGCCCGCCAAUCUUGGGCUGCUCGAUCAGCGUGCUGCGCUGUUAUGGGUACAGAGAAAUAUCUCAGCAUUUGGCGGUAAUUCGAACAAUGUCACCAUGGUUGGCCAGUCAGCCGGGGCCGAUUCAAUCAUUUGUCUGAUGGCUGCGGAGGAGACGGCAGGCCGCCUUUUCCAUCGUGCUAUUUUGCUUAGCCCUCCACUGCGAGAUUUAAAGGAGCGGAAAUUCACAGGGGCUCUUAUGUCUCAGAAAGUGGAACAUCUUUUAACUCAAGAUCCCCGGGAAAUGACUGUGGAUGGCUUGUUAGCUCUGCAAAGGAAGCUUCUUCUAGAUCCUGUCCAGGUCAGGGUGAUGCUAUUCGCCCCAAGUUUUGGGUUCGAUCCUUUGCCCGAAGAAAAGGAUUUUGAUAAAAAGAUAUCGGAAGCAGCAUCCAAAGUUCCUAUUUUAAUAGGCUGGACCGCUCAUGACGGUCGUCCCUUUGCAAGUAUGAUGGGUCCGUCGAAUUUACUCCAAUUGCCGAUAAUAGGAUCGUUGUUGGAGACCAUUGGCACCUGGUAUAUUACUCAAAGCUAUUUUAAAUGGCCAUCGCAAUGUUUCCACCAACAGAUUUUGGAUGCCGGCGGCUCCUCAACUAGCUACUCGUUUGGAUGGGCCGGUCAGAACAGUAACUUAGGGGCCUGUCACUGUAUUGAUAUUCCUUUCGUACUCGGAAAUUACGAGGCUUGGAAGUUGGCGCCCAUGUUGGCUGGAAAAGACACAGAGAAGGUAAUUUCCGACCUUGGAUUCCAAAUUCAAGAGAUAUGGACGAGGUUUAUGAGGGGCGAGGCAUUGGACAACCGGCAUAUAGAGUUCGAGAGAGACUUCAUUGUAUCCGAAGGAAUCUUCAGGCCCCGAGACCAAUAA